CACCUUACCUUGUACAGAGCACUUAACCUCCAGCUCACUAUGCAAUAUCUCCCUCCUCUGACUUCCCCCCCUUUUUUUGUCUACCCCAGUAAACCAGGGAUGCAUUCAAUUUGUUGUCUGAGAGCUACAUUUCACACUUCAGCAGCUUUUUAAUUUCACACGGGAAAGGAGGCCCCAGGUAGAGUGUAAUAUCCAGGGACGUGCUACGCCAUUAUCUGUGCCGUACAAACGCCUGCCCGCUCCUCCGACAGGACCAGUAGCGUCAGCUGCGGCUGGAGAACCCCAUCCACAUGAAAGAGGCUUGGGGAUGACAUGACAGUGUGACAGCGGGUAAUCUUAACGAGCCUUCAACAGACUCUCUCAGAUGGGCGUUUUAAUUGAAAAGCCGAUUAGUGCAACACAUGGGCUAAUUAAUGAUUUGUACUCUGAGCACAACAAGACAGCUUCUCUGUCAUCGAAAACAUUACAACAAUGUGUGUGUGUGUCGUCGUCGUCGUCCUCCCCCCAAAAAACGGCUUCUUCAUCACAUGUUUAUUGUCCUCCUUGAAUAACUCAAUAUAAAAUGUCUUCUUGCUGAGUGGAUAUUAUGAACUUGGGAAACAGCCAUGACUUAUUCAUCGUUCGGUUUUCCAAUGGAUGUUUGGUCCCAGGCUGCGGGCUACAGGAGAGGGAGAACGGCUUCACACAUCCACACUCCCUGGGUGUCUGAAACUCUUCCUGAGAUUAGAGAUUAGACUCAAGCGGCGCUGAAUGUUCUUUUGAUGUGCGGGGUUGCGCAUGCUGCUCUAAAUUAUCUGCGCACAAUCCUGAACAUGCCCUGUGUCCUUCCACCCGACCCUUAUUGAGGCAUCCGUUUUUUAACAUGGUUAAAUAUGAGCAGUAACAUAUUUGUGAAUUUCUCUUUCUUUAUUUUCCUUAUAAGAAUUUAGUCAGAAGAUCGCAGGGAAACUGUCUGGACUCAAUUCAGCUCCUUAGUUAUGUUGGCGGGACUCCAGCGCCGACUGUAUUUUAGCCUGGAUUUAAAAGCAAAUUUACUCAUGUCCCUGAAACCAAGCCAAGUGUUGACGCCGCUGCAAUACAAAACCAGAUGGGAAAGCUUUCGCAAGAUGAGUUUCAUUUGUAAAAACUGAACAGUCUAUAUGUCAGACCGGAUACUGACAGAAUCUUUAAAUAGCUAUACUAUUCCCAUAUUCAUUUGGAUGACAUAUCCGUGCCCACAUCAACAGCAACUACAAAGAGUUUUGAUUAAUGCUGAAAAUAUAUUGCCGCCAAACAAACAUUGAGGGCUAAAUCGUUAAUGCAUUUAUAAGGUAGACUAUCCAUGUGACCUUUUCCAAAUGUAGUAAUGCGUAGCGUUUCCAAAAUAACGAACAUUCGCAGCGUGGUGACAUUGCGUAAACAAGAAACAGACAGCGCACAUUAAUGGUUGUAAAUUGUCCAGUACACUAACGAAGGACCUUGAGCGCUUUGUAAGUCAUCGACCUACGCCUCACUUAUCAACCCCUGUGUCCGGUGUUACCGGUGUCCGGUGUUACUGUCUCACGACUGCUUGUGUUGCGUUAACGGAGAAUGACAGCGCGCGGCAUCUCAGCCUAUCCAGCGGGCACCCCCUCCCCUGCCCAUCGCUACCACACAUUCGCACAGUAACAUCUAUAGAUCACCAGUCAUAUCAUCCUCCACAAAAGGAAUUAAGGACAUAAAAGAAAAGAAAAAAAACGGAAAGGAAAGAACGAGGCAAGCAAUGCUAUCUUCUGACAGUACCUCAUUCCGUUUGAGAGCGCAGCAGAAUGAAUUUAAUCUUUUCCAAUUUCUUGGCAUACUUUUACUUCGGAUUCCAAAUUCUCCAUUCCUUCAUCAGCCCGUGUCAACUCCAUCCCCAGCCCUGUCACAUCCUGGCGCGGAUCGGACACACCGUGCGCCUGGGUGCCCUCCUGCCGUCCAGACAGCCGGCCAGGGUGCGGGCUGCCCUGAACCGCGCCCUCAACGGACUCGCCGAAACUGGGGACAACUUUCUUCCGUACAACCUCAGCUUGGAAGUGGUGCCUCGAGAAUCAACGGACGGAGACCCGGAGUCCCUGUUCAGGUGUGUUUGUCAGUCUAUAGUGGUCCAGGGGGUCUCCGCUGUGCUUGCCUUCCCCCAAACCCAGGAAGAAAUCGUGCAAGUGGAAUUUAUGUCUUCUUUCUUGGAAAUCCCUUUUAUAAGCAUCAUAGAACACGGAGAACCGCUUAGAACACAGAACCGCUUCCACCUGCAGAUGAUGACCGGCGUGCCCCCGUCGGGCCUGGCGGAGCUGCUGCUGUCGGUGCUGCGGCGGAGCGGCUGGCAGGAGGGCAUGGCGGUGCUGUGCCAGGGCUGGGAGGACGCGGGCAUGCUGGAGCUCCUGGGGCCGGUUGGCGCCCCCCAGUGGCCUGGAGACUCCCAGUGGCACCUGCGUGCUUCUCUGGACCUGUCGCACGUCACGCAGGAGGAAGCGGAGAUCACCAACUUCCUGUCCGAACACCUGCAGCAGGCCGAGCCGCCACCCGCCUCGGUGCUGCUGUUCGGGUCGGACCCGCAGUGUGCCGCCUCGGUUCUGCGCAGCGCCCAGGAGCUGGGGCUCACCUUGCCCACCGUCCACUGGAUCAUGGGCUACCCGCUGAGCCCUGACAUGCUGCACACCAUCGGGCUGCCCCUCGGACUGCUGGCCUACGGCGAGGUGGACCGUAAGCCCCUCGAGUUCUACAUCAGAGACGCCCUGGAGCUGGUCACCAGGGCCGUCGCCGCGGCAACUGUGGUGCGGCCAGACUUGGCGCUGAUCCAGAACAUGGUGAACUGCUACGACAAACCCAACAAGCACGAGCUGCCCUCCUCAGGACAGUACCUGGCCCGCCAGCUGAUUAGUGAGCCCCGCCAGCCUCUGCAUCAGGCCGUGUUGAAGGCCAGGUUCCUGUCCAACACGUCCUUCACGGGUCUGACGGGGCCGGUGAGCGUGCAGCGGAACGCGUCCCGCGUGGUGACGUCCCAGCGCGUGCACGUGUGGAGCCUGCGUCGCGACGCCGUGGGCCAGCCCACCUGGGUGACGGUGGGCAGCUGGGAGAGAGGCCGCCUGGAGGUGGAGGAGCAGGGCCUGUGGCAGGGGUCGUCGCCACGGCAACGCGCGGAGAGUCAGCGCGGUCGGGAGGGGGGCCGGUGGAGGGCGGGCAUGCCCGUGACGGGCAGCCGGAUACGGGUGGUCACGCUGGUGGAGCACCCCUUCAUCUUCACCAGGGAGGUGGACGAGGACGGGAACUGCCCCGCUGGGCAGUACUGCCUGGACGCGGGCACCAACAGCACGGACAUGUUGGACCGCUACUUCAAGGAGCUGUCGCUGGGCAACCGCAGCUUCGUCCCGGCGGAGUAUAGCAAGUGUUGCUAUGGCUACUGCAUCGACGUGCUGGAGAAGCUGGCCGAGGACAUGCACUUCGAAUUCGACCUGUACAUCGUGGGCGAUGGCAAGUACGGCGCGUGGAAGGGCGGCCGCUGGACGGGGCUGGUGGGCGACCUGCUGAGCGGCGUGGCCGACAUGGCCGUCUCCUCCUUCAGCAUCAACUCAGCCCGCAGCCGCGUCAUCGACUUCACCAGCCCCUUCUUCUCCACCAGCCUGGGCAUCCUGGUGCGCAGCAAGGACACGGCAGCGCCCAUCGGCGCCUUCAUGUGGCCGCUGCACUGGACCAUGUGGGUGGGCAUCUUCGUGGCGCUGCACAUCACCGCGCUCUUCCUCACGCUGUACGAGUGGAAUAGCCCCUUCGGCAUGACGCCGCACGGGCGCAACCGCGUCAAGGUCUUCUCCUACUCCUCGGCGCUCAACCUGUGCUACGCCAUCCUGUUUGGGCGCACCGUCUCCAGCAAGACGCCCAAGUGCUGGACGGGCCGCUUCCUCAUGAACCUGUGGGCAAUCUUCUGUCUCCUGGUGCUGUCCAGCUACACCGCCAACCUCGCCGCCGUCAUGGUCGGGGAGAAGACUUUCGAGGAGCUUUCGGGAAUCCACGACGCCAAGCUCCACCACCCGUCUCAGGGGUUCCGCUUUGGAACCGUGCGCGAGAGCAGCGCUGAGGACUACAUGAAGAAGAGCUUCCCGGAGAUGCACGAGUACAUGCGCCGCUUCAACGAGCCCACCACACCAAACGGGGUCUCCAACCUCAAGACAGAUCCCCCUAAGUUGGACGCAUUCAUUAUGGACAAGGCCCUACUGGACUACGAGGUGUCCAUCGACGCCGACUGCAAAAUGCUGACAGUGGGCAAGCCCUUCGCCAUCGAAGGUUAUGGGAUCGGGCUGCCCCAGAACUCCCCUCUCACCUCCAACAUCUCAGAGUUCAUCAGUCGCUACAAGUCUGACGGCUACAUGGACAUGCUGCACGACAAGUGGUACAAGGUGGUGCCCUGCGGCAAGAGGGUGUUCGCCGUCACCGAGACUCUUCAGAUGGGCAUCCGUCACUUCUCAGGGCUGUUUGUGUUGCUGUGUGUGGGUGUGGCUGGCGCGUUGCUAACGCUAGCCGGUGAGCACGCCUUCUACCGCCUGGUCCUUCCACGCAUCCGCCGCCGGCAGAAGUUCAAGUACUGGCUUCACACCAGCCAGAAAAUUCACAGAGCGUUGAACAUGACCUAUGAGGAUGUGAAGAAGCAGCGUGCCAGCACAGAGAAAAGCUGUAACAUCCAGCGCUCUCAGCCCCCCCAGCCUCCUCCUGCAGCCCCCCGCAAGGAGCCUUCGCCCGCUGGAACAACGAGAGCAGCCGCGCAGCCAAGCAGGCAGCCGAGGCGCUAGAAG